AUCGGUGAACAGUCAUGGGUAAAGCUAAGAAAACGAGGAAUUUCGCCCAAGUUAAGCGUAUGCUCAACCCAAAUGAUCCUCGUUUGAAGCAUAAUCAAGAGAAGGCAGCGGCAAAGGAGAAGCAGGAGAAAGAGAAGGCUGUCAAGCAUACUCCACAGAUGUCCCACAGUCUUUUCUUCAGUCACAACGAAGCAUUAGCGCCACCUUAUCACGUACUUGUCGAUACUAACUUCAUUAACUUUUCACUACAAAACAAGCUCGAUUUAGUGCAGGGUAUGAUGGAUUGUUUAUUUGCCAAGUGUAUUCCCUGUAUAUCCGACUGCGUUAUCGCUGAGUUGGAGAAGUUGGGAACAAAAUACAGAAUGGCUUUAAGGGUUGCUAAAGAUCCCCGCUUCCUCCGCCUUCCUUGUUCACAUACAGGUACAUAUGCGGACGAUUGCAUUGUACAGCGUAUACAAGCGCACAAGUGUUACAUUGUAGCCACCUGUGAUAGGGAAUUGCGAAGAAGAGUACGGAAAGUACCUGGUAUACCACUAAUGUACAUCGUCAGCCACAGAUAUGCUAUAGAGAGACUGCCAGAUCAAGGCGCGCCUUUGUAAUUUUUUAUUUAUUAUCUUUCUGAGACUAGGGCGCUGACUUCAUCAG